AUGCAUCCCUUUCCCAGCACGCGCCGCCUACUGUAUCGCAUAUUCAUUUCGACGGGUCUUGUCUCGACUUUCAUCUUGGGACAUCUCGCUUGGCAGACUCUCCCGCAUACUGUGCUCUUCGAACCCUUGAAGAUCUCGCCGACGGAAAAGUUCGUUCUUCCGGGCGAUGAACCCAGGAUUGACUUACCACUCAAUCCGCGCUUCAAGACGUCUUUGGGCAAGCAGGUUCUGAUUCUUGACCUGGAGACGCGUCCACUAAAAUCUACCAAGGACUAUAGGCGUGGAAAAUUUGACUGGCGUGAACUGGAUCACAUCUCUAGGGGAGUUUUCAACCACUAUACAUAUGCCACAAUCCAUGGCUACGACUACAAGCUUAUCCACGCGGAACAAUUUAAAGACAGACAUGCUACUUGGAUUAAGCCUUCUGCCCUGGCCAACCAUAUUAGCAACUACAAGUUUAUUGUCUUUCUGGAUGCUGACGCUACAUUCCGCUUCCUACACAUACCAAUUGAGUGGAUGCUGAAUUACUGGCGCAUUGAGCCUAAGCAUUCUGUUACUAUGGCUCUAGACCCAUGGGACCCCCAAGAGCCUCAGUACAACUCGGACCGCUUCAACCGUACAUAUGCCAACACAGGGUUUAUGAUUAUCCAAAAUAACACAGAGAUAAUGUCUAUCCUAAAGGACUGGCACGAGUGCCCUGAUAAUACACGCUAUCCAAUGUGUUCUCAGUGGAAACGGCCCAAAUUCCAUGAACAAUCAGCCUUUGGCGAAUAUAUUCGUUACGACUAUAACGACUCAAUUAAAGAGAUACCAUGCGGCGAGGCGAAUGGGUUUCCUGGAGUCCAUGUGUCCCACUGCCAGGGCAAGUUGAUCCGCCACUACUACGAAAACAUGAUGAAUGCUAUCACCAUGUCUAUCCAGAAGGUCUUUGCCGACAACGCUGAUGAUAUUAUAACAUAUCAAGAAAAGAAUGUCAUCCGUGAAAGGCUACAAUUAUAG